AUGCGGAAGAAACGAUCGAUUGACUUCAAUCUGUUGACGCCUGAAUCAUUCAAAAGGCAAAAAUCGCAGCAUGCACAGCCCAGCGCGGCUAUAUCGAAGCUUAUCAAAGGCAUUAAUGAACAUUUAGCCCGAGAAUCUCGAGAGUUAACGUUUUACAGAACCUUAUGGGAUGAUACGAAAGCUUGUCAACUGCAGAACCAUAUCACAAGUCCAAUUCAUCGUUACAAAGUCUUACAGCGGAUGAUCGAUGACAGUGCCGAGAAUGAAACCAAGCACAUCUACCGACAACGAAUAGCACAUAUCCUUGGAGCUCAUGAACUGGAGGUGAUCGAUAAACUCAUUCCAGCCGGUGAGCUUUCCAAAGGAGUUCGGCGCAGAACGAUAACCAUCAGCAAACUGUCAGAUUCCUUGGGAAUAAGUAGAGACGUUGUUAUAAAUGAUAACACAAGACGCCGUCAUUACCUUUCGUUCUUUUUUGAAUUCGGACCUGGCGCCGUUGUGUUACUUGGGGAUAACAUGGGUGAUAUACUCGAAAAUAGAUUGUCAGAGAACUGUGUUGCCAGUGAUAUACAAUAUAUUCGAAACAAUCUCGACAACUUUGUUUCACGAUGCAAAAAAAUUAACUUCGCAGUGGCUAUCUCGAUUCUCGAGGGGUUGCUGAUAUCAGGCUGGGAUGGAAAAUCGCACUACGAGACGAAAUUCAUGAAUCAUUUGGGGAAAUUUAUUGAUCUUCGAAUGUUUCAGGAGCGUGGCGAAUUUCGCUUUGUUUCGCAAGAAGAAUCCAGCAGCAUGACCCGAUUCGGAGGCUCCUCAGAGACGCCUGCGGAAACUCGAAGUGAUGACAACGAGGCUGAUUCCAGCCUUGGGGUUUCGGACACGCCAGUGACUAGAAUUCAAGAUAUUUCAUCUGCUAGCGAGGCUAGCCCCUUAGAUACUCGGAGCCCCUCUAGCACAGACGAAACAUCAAUAGAUUCUCAGCAACACCUGCCUUCUAACACGGAUUUCUGGGCCGUCAUCCACGAUAGGCCCGUCGACAGAGCGAAUUCCCAAAGUCAGAGUGGGCAGUACAUCAGUAACAUUUUCAAUGGAAACACGCAUCAUGACGAGCUUGUCCCUCCCACUGUGUCGGAUAGCACUGUAUUUACACAGGAUGUGCAACCAACAGCAGAUUCCCAGACAGUUAGAAAUCUACCAACGGACAUAGGCCAAAUACCAACCUCAGGAAAUCUAGAAUUUGAUGGAUCCGAUAUGCGCCAAACACAGGCAGAACCCUGUGUUAGCGGCCAUGGGCAAAUUGGAUCUCUAAGGCACCCGUCACCUUAUACUGCCUUCGCCUUCUAUCCUAAGGAACGAACUCAGUAUGGAGACCGAACAUACUCCCUUCAGAACCCCCGUGUUUCCGACCUCAUGGUGAGAGAGCCAGGUGCACGCUCUCAUAAUCUGUGUGAGAUCGGUAUCUCUGGGGACUUCUCUUUUUUGGGGACCCCUUUUAAUGAUGCGCAAUUCAACCCGCAAGACAUCUUGGAGACCCCUUUUAAUGAUGCGCAAUUCAACCCGCAAGACAUCUUGGAGACCGCUUUUAAUGAUGCGCAAUUCAACCCACAAGACAUCUUGGAGACAGCUUUUAAUGAUGCGCAAUUCAACCCGCAAGACAUCUUGGGUGCCACGUUUAGUGAUGCGCAAUGCACUUCAAGUGACAACACUAACCGAGAUGUACCGGUCUUCGUUGUUAAGAUCGACGGUUCGAGUGCGAUAAUCAUUGUGUCCUUGUGCAUCCUCACGCCCUGGGUAAAUUUGGAAACUGCAAUACCACCGACCUUCCCAUGUCAACUAACACCAUGGGAUUCCGACAUCCGAAUGCUCAGUAACGAGGCUUGGCGUGAAAUUCAAAAUCUUCAAGAAUUAACGGAAGCCGGAUGCAGUUCGACUCCAAGACUGCUCGAAUAUUUUACCUACAAGCAGAAUGACCAAAUGUAUUACCCUGGCGGCUACAUUGUGUUUAUUGUGAUGGAAAAGGUUCAUGGACAGGAUCUACAAAACUUUGGAAGUCUCUCACUGGAAGAGCGGGACAGCGUGAGAAUUGCAUUCAUUAAAGCAUUAUGGGAGUUCCGCAACCAAGGAUUUUAUCACGGCGACCCUCGUCGAUCAAAUGUCGUCUGGGACAAAACCUCACAAAGAUGUUUUAUAAUAGACCUAGAAGAUGCUUGGAAGAUGGAAUUAUCUAUACAGAAACGUAUCACCCUAGAUCCGGUGGUUGAGCUUUCCUUAUGGGAGUUGAACUCUGGAGACGCACAGCUAGUCGAUGAUCCAAUGAUGCCAGAACAGCGGGAGGAUGGUUGGACUUUUGACAGCUUGGAAAGAGUAGUGGCAUUUCUUCAACACAGAAGAGAUAUAAGCUAA